UGGUCAUGGACUGAAUAGUAAAAUUACUAAAUAAUGUCUCGUGUGUGUGUGUGUGUGUGUGUGUGUGUGUGUGUGUGUGUGUGAUGAAAACAUUUUAAUUUUCUAAAUAUUUCUAUUCAAUUGCGGAUAAGCAACCAGUAGGCGUGGUCACUAACAUACGGGACAUCAGUCUCUAUGGAUCUCUACGUGUUAGCUCUCGCCGUCGUCAGUUUCCUCUCCCUCUCUAUCUCCAUCCUCCAUCUACUACUCCAAGCUCUCGACCAAAUAAGUCGGAGCGUCACCAUACGAGUCUUCAACAGUUGCAGCCACGCCCUCACCGGACGCUCCGCCUACUUCCACUCCGGCACUUCUGACGUCAUCCCACCGGACGAGGUCCAGCAGCAGGGAGAUCUCAGAUACAGUGCACGCAAGUCGAGAGGUCCACGAGCCAGAGGAGCAGUCGGAGUGGUGACGUAUGAUACAGACAAUGGCAACACGAUUGCAAUCUUGUUCAGUGUGCCAUUCGAUUAUGUUCUCUACACGAAUUGGUGGAAUGUCAAGAUGUAUGAGGGAAGGAGGGAUGCCGACUAUGCUAUGUACAGAGAGUUGUACUAUACGGCUGAUGCGAUGAAAGGGAAUGACGAAUGGCGAGACAUCGGGGAGGAGAACUUGACGUGUGGGAUUCGCAUUCGAGGGGUCAUGUCGAGCUCGUCGAAUGCCACACUGCAUGUCGAUCUCCACAACGACCAGCAGCUGCGACCGACGAGUCCCGGAUUAUUGCCAUCGGCUCUGACGUCAUUACAGUUGUCCAGUCUGAGUCCGGGGAUUCAACUCGGUGUGACUGUCCUCGAUGAUGUACUUGAGUCGUUUGCUGCUGUUGUUCGUUCGAUUGGAAUCGGAGUGUUGAACAAGAGUGGAGCUACAUGGAAAGCGAAGAAUGCCUACUUUCUGUCUGGGACAUCGGAUGUCGUCUUGCCGGGUAAAAUCGCCGACGGCCACACUCUGUUGUAUAGCAGCAGAAAGACGAAGGGGCCUGUAGCGUGUGGAGCUGUGGGAGUCAUCGCAUAUGAUACAUCACGAGGCGAGACGCUAGGCAUCUUGUUUAGUGUCCCAUUUGAUUACAAUUUGUUCAACAAUCAAUGGAACGUGGGGCUGUUUCCUGCCGAUACGAAGGCCGACAGCGAAAUGUAUAGAGCACUGAGUCGUACGAGACGACUCAAGUCUGGCAACAAGAUGUAUGAGACGUUGGGUUAUAGCAAGCUCAAGAAGGGAGACGAUUGUUGGUCGUUGAAAAUCAAUAUCGGGAAUGGAUAUACGGCGUCCGGUGUAAUGUCAAGCUCGGGCACUGCCACACUCAAGAUUAUCGUCGAGAAUCCUUCAGGAAGUCAACAUCUCGAGUAUUCAAUACAAUAGUAUACACGAGUGGCAUCACAAAUGAUAGAGACUUUUGUGUUACUUGCAUGUGAGGAGUGAACGAUGUAGACUCCUACACCCAGUCCACUCCUCGUGCUCGCUCUAUGUGUUUUACCACGUGUUUUUGGCACAUAUGCUAAAACACGUGGAGUGUGCUGCUAGACACUCUGCUGUUUGAACACGUGGAUAAUGUUAAUUAAUUAUUUAUGUAUGCACUAUCACUUAUGGUUGUAUUUAUUUAUGUGUCAACUAUAUUACGUAUUUAUUACAUAUUUGUGUUGAUUGUCUGACUGAGUCUGAUUAGUCUUGUCAACAGUAAUUGAUUAAAUAAUUAG